AGCUCCAGCUCCGCCACCGCUUCCGCCUCAGGCAGCGGCGCCAAGCGACAGCUGCCCGAGCCCGAGGUCAUCGCGCUGAACGAGCUGCUGGACACGUUCCCUAACGAGAUGGGCGACGCGCAGCACGAGGGCGGAGGCGCCGACGCCCAGAAGCGCCGCAAGUUACGCGCCGGGGCCGGCGCGGAGGCGGCCGCCUCCUACCAGCGCUACCAGCUGCGCCGCGAGAGCCCCAAGACGCAGCAGAACGAGGACGACGACACGGAGUCCGACAGCGAGAGGGGCAACAGCAAGCACAGCAGCAACAACAAUGAAGACGACGAGGACGACGAGGGGGGCAACGACAAGGAGCCCAAGGACAAGGCGCUAGCCGUGCGCAGCGGCAGCGGGCCGGGCUCCAACUCGGGCUCGGCCGCCGGCAGACACACGAAGCUCACGGACCUGGAGCAGCACGUGCGCAGCCUGGAGAGAGACAACCUGCACCUCAAGCAGGCCUUGCUGCUGGGCAAGAACGCCGCCGGCCGCAACGCCGCGUUGGGCGGAGCCGCUGCGGCCUUGGGCAACCUCGGCAGUCUGGCCAGUCUUAGCAGUGUGGCUGGACUCAGAGGCAUGGGCGCACUCGGCGCGCCUGUUGAGAACCGGGCCAAUAUUCAGAGGAUGCUGGCCGAGAGGACCAAGGUCGUGACCGAGAUGGUGGAGCAGCUCAACGCCGCGUACCUGAGUCUGGGAGACGCCUCCCGCGUGUGGCACGAAGACUGCCGCAUUGGCGUCGGCGUGCGCGAGUGGGACGCGUUCGGCCGCCUGCAGACCAUCAGCCUGUGGAACAUGAUCCGCUCCGUGUUCACGAGCAUCGUCGUGGACAUCGUGGAGCUGCGCCCGCACCUGCCCGACGGCGAGAUGAUCCUCACCAAGUGGCGCAUUCAGGGCGAGAUCGCCUCCGCGCAGCACCUGGAGCGUGUGUGCGCGUCCGAGGACUGCCCUGCCACCAUGCGCGUGGCGCUCAUGGCCAUCAAGUCGUCGGACUUGACGUUCACGGUCACGACGUACGUCGUCUUCCAGGAACUGCGGAUCGCCGAGCAGCACCACUGCUGGGACCAAGUCGGCGUGUUCAAGCGGCUCUUUGGCGGCGAGAUCCCGCCCACGGUGCAGAACAUGCUGGCCAUCGACGAAGAGACUGCCGCUGGCCGCAAACAACCGCUCGAAGUGUGA